CAUACCUACAAUUUUGCAUUAUAAAUAAGAACAAAAAUACAAAUCAAAACAAACUAUUCUAACCGUAAAGUAAAUUUAAGAUUUUCAGUGUUACUACCUUGCAUCAUCAAAUACAAAACCAAACAAAUGAACGCAACCAAAAACAUUUUUUUUUAAUCUUCCUACCUAGUUCUAAUUUUUACGUCAGUGUCAUUUCAAUUUGCUUUGCAGCGAAGUGAAACAAUGGAUUUUUUAUUAUUUUUUAUCAUCGAAUUAAAAUAAACCCGAGUAAAUUUUCUUGAUUCUUCAUUAAUUACUUUUCUAUAAUAUUGUAGAAUCUGAAGUACUCUAACUGAUGUGAAUAAAAUCAUAUUUCUAUCCAAAAGUGUUAUGGAUUCGUCGUGCAAUUAAUUAUUAUAGAAAAUUUUCUAAUAAGGAUUUAAAAUGUAGUCAUUUUUCCCUGAAGUUUUCAAUGAAUGGGUACUUUUAUUUUCACCACAUUUUACCAAGGACAUGUGUAUAAUAAAUAAUCGUCACUGCAGCCAUUCGUCAAAUUCUACAGGCUACGAAUCAUGUUCUUCAACUGGCGAUGAACACUUGACCUUACGAUGGAGCAUCGCGAUGGAUGGAGCAGCGGUGAUUUGGGUGCGGCCGACAAUUCUACCGAACGCUCGCAAGCCGAUCGCGAUCGUGUACGCAUCGAAUUCUAUGCUACCUAUGACGUCAUGACGGGUGUGCGCAUAGCCGCUACCUUAGGCGGCUUUUUUGCGCUGAUGGUAUUCUUGAUCGUUUAUAAAAGUCGAAGCAAAUCAAUGAAGGCUUUAAAUGACCCGAAAAUAGUGGAGUUAGCUGAAGCGGUCGUGGCAGAAGAACAAGCUGUCGAAGAAGAGCGACAGCUGACUGCAGCCCUGGAAGAGGCGUUGUCAGAGAGGGCGCGCUCUAGACCUUCCAUAGGUGAGGAGCCACCCUGGCCGCGGACCUCUCGAUUUGCGUCGUAUGGUGGUGGUUACGGCAGCUUACUUGCACCGCCACGCCGACUGUCUACACUGCGCGGUGAUUCACUUCCUGGGUCUGCUUUGCGAUUUGCAGAAAGGCGGGCUUCAGGCGGACCACGUGAUCGUCGCUUAAGUUCUGCCACGUGUUCCAGUUCAGGAAGCUCUUAUUUAGAGCGACGUGGAUCUUCCGUAGUGUGUGCUUUACCGGAACGUCGAUUAUCGCCAUGUCCCAGUGAGAGACUAGCGCCUCUCGCUUCUGUAGGCAGCGUAGGGCCGUCUUAUGCCGUAGAGUGCGAAUUAGCCUCGGUCGGCGCGGACUCAGUGUUUGCCGAAGACGAGGUAGACUCAACGGACGACGAAGUGGAGCAGUUCUCGACUGAUAGCGGGGGAGGUGAGGCGCUGGGUCUUGCCGAAGGCACAGAACUGACCAGUCGGCCAGCACCGCUGCCUCUGCGGCUGGACCGCGCGUCACACUCGCGCGAAACGUUGUUCUAGUCUGGUCUGGUAUGGUAGGUAUGAUAACGUACCAUGCCGACUGUUACGUGUUACCCAAACGUUAAAAUAUCGACUUUCUGUAGUAAUUUAUUCAUUUCGAAUUGGCAUUUCAACAUAUCACUUUUAAAUCAAAUUGACAUAUCAUUUAAAUUGGCAGAGUCUUGAGAAAAUAGAGAUUUCUAUAAAAAUAGCUUUUCAAACUAUCCCAAACAUUAUGCCUCAAGCUUUAAGCUAUUUACUGCUUCCGCGUAAUCAAAUAAAGUAAGAAGGCCGAUAUUUUAAUGAUUGAAAAUUUAGUAUGUAAAUAGUUUGUUUUGUUAUUAUAUUGAUGUUUCGCAAUGUUGAUGUUCCCAAACCACGAUAUAAAGUUAUUUAUAUAUUAUAAUUGACGUGUUCCUUUAUAGCCGGAUGUAAAUUAUUGCUCAUUUUUCAUUUGCUGACAGUAUCUAGUCGGGCACGUUAUUAUCGCUAUGCGUGCCAGUUCAUUCAUUUGGCAUGUUCACCAUUUAGUGUUCUUGUAAAAGUAUUAGAAAAUAAUGAUCUGCCGAAUUAGUCUUUUAUAGGCACUUUAAUGUAUGUACUUAAUAACUAUAGACAAGUUAAAUAGUUUUCGAAGAGUUUUUACUUCUUACAGCGGCUAUUCUGUUAAUGUAUUUCAAACUGUAACCGGGCUAACUGCCGACCCCACUAAAAGUGAGGUUUUUCUACUAAAAGUUUGCCGACUCAACAUGAUGUUUAUAAAAUGUAGAUAGUACUUACUAACUUGUUAGGAUAGGUAGUCGUCAGUGCAAAGUCAAUUUGAGAGUGUGUAUUGUAUUAUAAAUUAGUAAAAACUACCCUUAUUCAAAACGAAGGGCACAUAAGACCAAUACGUCCUCAGAACAAUAAUGAAGUCGGAAGCGGCCUAACAAAUUAAUGUUGCUCGAACCAACGUCUCUUUCCAAGGAAACUGCCACUAUUCUUGUUUUAUGGACACCAGAAUUUUAUUGAUUCUAGUGUAUCGAAUCCGCCACAGUCAUCGCGGACCCAGUAGAUUGACUCACACAAGUCGUUUUUAUUACGAUUUAGAUUUACGUGUUAGUUUAUGUAAUGUUCGUUGCUCGAAUUAAAAAGAGCUCCCAGUAGUCUGUAAAAUGUUGAAAUGUAUGUAAAAAAUUGUAAAUAUAAAACACAACUCA